UAAAUUACUUAAACGCCUUUCAUUAGUUUCAUUAACUAAAAACGAUCCAAUCCAUCAUUUCCGUUUUUGUUUAAAACUCCAUUAAAACUUUUUUGUUUUAUUUUGAAAUUUAAUAACAACUUUUUUUUCAAUACAGAUCGAUUUCAUCAUAUCUAUUACAAAUUUAUAGUAAUAAUAGCAGUAGUGAUAUAGACGGAGUAAAUAUAAAGUGAAUUUCUAAAAUGUGAAGGAAAUUGUUGACGCUACGAUGAUACGUGAAGGAAUUAAUUAUUUGGAUACAAGGUUAUGUUACAGUGGUCAAAAAUGUCAUAAAAUUCCAGAAACUUUGGUGAAGUUGUACGGAGCAAAAGUGUACACAUUGGACCUAAGUUUCAACGAAUUAGUAACAUUGCGUGGUUUGGAAGGAUUUCCUCUCCUUAGAGAGUUGAUUCUGGAUAAUAAUCAACUAACCGACAACAUAAUUUUACCGUAUAUGCCGUAUUUACAAACUCUUUCCAUCAAUAAAAAUAAAAUCACUGAUAUCGAAGGAUUAUUAAUUAAAAUAAGACACAAUCUUCCUGCAAUAAAUUAUUUAAGCCUUUUAGGAAAUAAAGCUUGCCCAAACCAGCUUUCGGAUAUAUCGAACGAUGAAGAGGAUUAUCAAAGAUACAGAUAUCACGUUCUGUAUCAUCUACCAAAAUUAAAGUUUUUAGAUUCAAGCAAAGUAGAUGAUUCGGAGCGAAUCGAAGCUUCGAGAAGGGGAAAGUUUAUGAAAAUUGUUAAACCGAAACAAAACGAAUUGGGUGGAGACAAUUUGAGCCCGAUUAUUUCUAAUUAUACACCUUUGCCCAGAACCAUUAGAAGUCCAAACGACCAUAAAGGAAUGUACAGUAAAUGUAAAUAUAAAUACACAGGGAAACAUUCCGAAGGAAAUCGUUUCAUAUCAAAUAAUGAUCUUUAGGUUUUAAACUUUGUAAGUUAAAGUGUAUCUGGAAAAUAUGAUCUGAAUAAUUAUUUUAAUGAUUUAAGAAUUAAACUUUAUAAUAUCAUAAAA